GCCGCGCUCCGCCCCCGGCGCCCGCGCCUGCUCCGUGCCGCGCCGGGCGGAGCCGAGCCGAGCGGAGCCGAACCGGGCCGGGCCGGGCCGGGCCCGCCGCAUGCCGGGGCCGCGGGCGCUGCUGGGGCUGGGGCUGCUGGUGGCGGCGGGGGCGCGGGCGGGCGGGCGCUGUCCGAGCCGCCCCUGGGGCUGGGGCCGGGGCCGGGGCUGGGGCCCCCCCCGCUGCGCCAUGCACAGCCCCGCCGCGGGGCCGCGGGGGCUCCGCUUCCUCGGGCAGGAGGAGGCCCAAGCCAUCGACCAGGAGCUCUUCACCGAGUACAAGUUCAGCGUGGACCAGCUGAUGGAGCUGGCGGGGCUGAGCUGCGCCACGGCCAUCGCCAAGGCCUAUCCGCCCAGCUCCUUCACCAAGAGCCGGCCCACCGUGCUGAUCGUGUGCGGGCCGGGCAACAACGGAGGCGACGGCCUGGUCUGCGCCCGGCACCUGAAGAUGUUUGGCUACGAGCCGACCGUGUUUUACCCCAAGCGCCCCAAUAAACCGCUGUUCGAGGGUUUGACCACCCAGUGCCAGAAGAUGGACAUCACCUUCCUCCCGGAGUUCCCCGCCGAGGCGUCGCUCAUCGACGAGCUCUACGGCCUGGUGGUGGAUGCGAUUUUUGGGUUCAGCUUCAAGGGAGCCGUGCGGGAGCCCUUCGGCAGCAUCCUGGGCACCCUCAAGCGCAUCACCAUCCCCAUCGCCAGCAUCGACAUCCCGUCGGGCUGGGACGUGGAGAAGGGGAACGUGGACGGCCUCCAGCCCGACAUGCUCAUCUCGCUCACGGCGCCCAAGAAGGCGGCGGCACACUUCGCCGGCCGCUACCACUUCCUCGGUGGCAGGUUCGUGCCCGCAGCGCUGCAGGAAAAAUACGCUCUGAACCUGCCGCCGUACCCCGGGACGGACUGCGUCCUGCAGUUGGCCUAGGGGCCAGGCCUGGGCAGCCAGGACGGCAUCGGGGUGCUGAGCGAGGGCUCAGGCACAGCGGGGUCCAGGGCCUAAUUCUGCCAAAGCAUCAGCUCUCUGCUAGGAGGACGCUCAGCACCUCGCCAGGUCCCUAUCAAGUCCUACCCAGCAGGACUCAAGCUAGCUGUGGUGACACUUUGAUCCAAAGUCCUCAACAGUCAGAAGACGACAGCACUGAUGGAGGUUUGCUGCUAGGCCGGCUGUCGGCUGGGGUGGCUAUCUAAUUUCUGGGCGCUUGUAGGUAUAGAGGCGAUCGAGGGUCCUGAGGCCGUGCCUGCGCACCGCCCGCGGAGCUGGGUCCGCUGCAUAGCUCACACCUCAGCGUUGUUUCUCUGCAAUAAAAAUUUAUUGACGUUCUUCAAAAAUA